CAUACACAGUUUGAACUGGGUACAUUUUUGUAGGGCCAUUCCACAUUCAGAUUGAUUUCACAUGGGCAAUCAACGGCCAUGAUCAUCAUCCCUUAUCCUCCCCCAUAUUAAAAAUUAGAGCUCUCCUACACUGUUGGAUUCAAGAUCCUGUGGUCAGUCACAGUUUUGGACUAGUUAAGAGGUACCCACUUAACGUACGGUUGAGAUCAAACUGUCGGCGGGCCAGGCUAAGCUGUUAUAUUUGUUGAUUGUCUGGAGCAUUGUAAGGUCCUGUGAUCCUGAACUAACUGUAUAAAAUAUGUAGUAUAUAGUACUGAUGAAGAACGUGAGGGAGGGUCUUUCUCUAUCAAACAAAGGUUUGGUUGAAGCUGAGAUGUAGGAGGAGCUAUUUCCUAGCUUUUUCUCCCAGUGUUCCUUUUUUUUUUUCUUCCCACUUCUUCUCCAAAUCAACGCAAAGUUGUGAUCUCCCUCGGGUCAUCAGACUCUUACAGGUAUCGAGUGAUGUGAGCUGGUUUUUUCCUUUUCCUGACUGAAAAGGGGGGUCUCGGGAAAUUGAGGAAGAAUUCAGAUUUUAUGGUAAAAGUUUCUCUUGGAAUAGGACCAUUUCCGAGAACUGUGCAGGGGGUGGGUAGAGUUUCAAUGGAGAAGCUUCUCAAUCCAUACGAUAGGGAGUACAUGAAGAUGGCUAUGUUAAAGCAUGAACAAACAUUCAAAGAGCAGGUACAUGAACUUCAUCGUCUGUACCACAGGCAGAAGAAACUAAUGAAAAACAUUGAAGUCAGUGGGUCUAAUGGACAGAGCCAAGAGAGGUUGAACUCGAAUGAUAUUAGUAUGAAUCAGAUCAACCACCAAGAAAAGCCACGGAUGAAGCUUGACUUGGAACAGCCUGCAGAAGAGUACAAUGCGGAAUUGGAUGGCGAUGGAGUGCUAGAAAUUGUGGAUGAGAGCAAGUUAGAGCUGACACUGGGGCCAGUGAGUUACAGCCGGAGGAAGAAAGCUGAGACACCACUAACUUCAGAUUCUGGACCAAGCUUUUCUUCUUCUUCCACUGGAUCCAGCCAUAUGAAGAGGACAAAUUCAAGGACACCUAAGAGGAUAGAUACAACAAAAGAGGAAUCAAACGGCCAUGACUGGGGGCUCUUUAAUGUACCUGACAUGAAGCCGGGUUUCCAAAGUGGACGAAAAAACGGUUUUCAUGUGGAUGAACAACUAAGACAAGAGAGACUAAAUCAGCCUCCUUGGAUAGUCCAAGUUUUGAGUCUGAACAUGACUUGAAAAAUCUUCUUGAGUUGGUAUGAUAAGAUUUUAGACUUUUCCCCAUGGAUAAAUUCUAUGAUUGAUCAAUGUUUGUGUGGAAUUUUCUUUCUAGUUUCUGUUGUAAUGGGUGAUGGAGUCUUGUGUAGAUAUUAUCAUUUCCAUGGCUUACCCAAUCCCAUUACAAAUUUACAAAGUGAUCUAAUAUUCCAUUAA